AAUGGCAGGUGGAUUAGAAAGAGUGUAUGGAACAGAAGAAGACAAAGUAUUAUUUAAUAUCAAUAAUAUUAGGUUAAUUGCUCAUUUUAUAUCAAAAUUGGAGCUUGUCGUUAUGAAAAUAAAUGUUAAAGAAUUCAUAGUAUCCCUCCAAUCUCUUAAACCAUUUUAUUUAAAGUAAGAAUUAUGAUAUAAUGAAACAGCAUAUGUAUUAAAAUUCUCCUAUGGAAGUAGCAAUUGCUUCAGGAAAUGCAGUGUCUUAAGCGGGUAUUGAAGAGGCAUUAGAAAAAUUCGAAAACUUUUAUGAAGAUGUAUUUUUAAAAGUAAUAAUGCAUAUUAUGAUAAGUUAGCAGAAUUUGGUGAGAUUGAGGAUUUGAUUGUAUGUGAAAACAUUGGAGAUCAUUUAGUAGGAAAUGUAUAUGUGAAAUAUACAUCAGAAUUAUAUGCAGAAUCAUGCUUCAAUGCUCUUUAGAAUUUAUCAUAUGAAAAUAGACCAUUGUCAAUGGAAUAUUCUCCAGUAUUAGACUUUAGUAGUGCUAAAUGCAAAUAAUAUAUAGAUGGAACAUGUUAAAGGUAUUAAUUUAGAAAUGAAUGAUUUAAGAGGUGGAGCAUGCAAUUAUUUACAUCUUAAAAAGAUAUCAACUAAAUUUAAAAAGAGUUUAUUCAAUUAAAUGUAUGAAGAACAUCCAGAAUAUAGAGAAAAAAAAGAGAAAGAAGUUAAUGAGUAAGACAAUUAAUUGAUAUCGUAUAUAGAAAGAGUCCCAAAAAACAUAAAAAGAAGGAAAAGAAAAGCAAAAAGAAGAAAACUAGUAGUAGUAGAGAAUCUAGUCGUAGAAAUUCUAUUGAAAGAUAAAAAAUGAUUAAUGAUUGGAAUGAAACAGGUAUACAAAAUGUAAAUUAUUAUUUUUAUUAUCUCAUUUAUAAAGGUAUCCUAAGCAUAAAAAAUGAUGUAUGGAAAUAAUAUGCCUGCUCCAGUUUAUACUCCUAAAGUAUCUAUGAGAACAAGUCCUGAAUUAUUAUAAUUAUAACUAUAAUUGGCUGCUUUAAAAGAACAAUUAGCUGCAAUUAAGAUGAGUUGA